GCGGGACAGCUCUAGCGACUACUUUCAGUUUCAUGCAGAACAGUGAAGCCGCAGCAGCAUAGCAGCAGGCUCAGGUACCCUCUGAAGCCCUGGCAUCACCCACCAGCCUGAGGGAAGGCAGCAGACCUGGGAUCUCUGGUGCUACCCUGGAAGAGCUUGGCAUGGAUGAUUCUGCAAAGAUCAAGGGCCUCAGUGUACCCGAGUGUACCCCAAGGCCACAGGGCCUUUACCUGGCCUCCUGGCUGACACAGAAAUCAACUUCAGCAGCACUUUCCUUUCUCAUUCCAAGAUACUUCUGUCCAAAGGGCCUGCACCAUGGAAAUAGCCCAUAAACCCAGCUCCAGACACAGAACAGAGUGAGUAGGCCCUUUUCAUGAGGACCUAGAACAUCUACCAUGAGCCAAGAAGCCAGGGUAACCCCUCAUGGACCCCGACAGCCCCCAUCUGGGCAGCGAGAAUCUGUGUGACUUGCUUGUGAGGCUGCUCAUCACAAAGCAGGAAUGGCUGAGAGCCAAGGUGAAGUUCUUCAUCCCUGACGUGGAUCUGGCCUCCAGCGACAAGGUGUCAGACCCUGUGCAGAGGGUCAUCUUGCAGCUGGGGGAGCUGAAGGCCCAGGGGCCAGCCACCUGGCAGUCCUUCAUCCACUGGGUGUGCAUGGAUCUGGAGGUGCCUCUGGACCUGGAGGUGCGACUGCUGAGCACCUGGGGCCAGGAUGACGAGUUUCCCAAGCUGCUGGAAACUGGAGAGGAGAGCCAGCCUGGACCUCAGCAACCCCAUGGUGAGGCCUGGGGUUGGGGAGUGGGAGAAAGUGGCCUCAAGCGUCCCUGUCAGAGGUGUGAGUCCUCACCCCGCCGGAAGCACUGCAGGAAACACCGGCUAGAGUUGGCCCAGACGUACCUGCAGCUCCUGAGGACCUCUGCCCUGCAGCACUAUGGUGAUGGAUUCCCCGGGCCAGGGAAGGUCUAUGUCCCCCCAAUCCUGCAGUGGAGCCGGGCCACAGUGCCCUUAGACACUCAGGAAGGGGCCGUGCUGGGGAACCCCAAGACAGAAGACGGCAGUGAUCUGAGCAUCCAGGACCUCUUCAACUUCAAGACCCCCAAGAGCUCGCGGGUGACAGUGCUGUUAGGGAAGGCAGGCAUGGGAAAGACCACGCUGGCCCGGCGACUCUGCCACAAGUGGGCUGAUGGGCAUCUGGACCACUUCCAGGCCCUGUUUCUUUUUGAAUUCCGCCAGCUUAACUUGAUCACACAUUUGCUGACGUUGCCUCAGCUCCUUUUUGAUCUGUACUUGAGACCAGAGUCGGGCCCUGAUGCCGUCUUCCAGUACCUGGAGGAGAACGCCAACCGCGUCCUGCUGAUAUUUGAUGGGCUGGACGAGGCCCUCCACCCCUGUUCCAGCAUGGAGGCUGUGGGGCCCAGUGGCUCCGGCCCUGCUCUCACGCUCUUCUCCAGCCUCUGCCGUGGCACCCUCUUGCCGGGCUGCUGGGUGAUGACCACCUCUCGACCUGGGAAGCUGCCCGCCUGUCUGCCCAAGGAGGCGGCCAUGGUCCACAUGUGGGGCUUUGACCAGCUGCGGGUGGAGGAGUAUGUGAACCACUACUUCAGUGACCAGCCAUCUCAGGGGGUGGCCCUCACAGAAUUGCUGGCAAACAGACAUCUCCGGAGCAUGUGUGUGGUGCCAGCACUGUGCCAAAUUGCCUGCCUCUGCCUGCACCAUCAAUUCUCUGCGAGCCUUCCGGGCCAGUCUGUAGCUCCUCCCCUGUCCACCAUGACCCAGCUCUACAUGCAGAUGCUUCUUAGCUGCAUGCCUCGUCCUGCCACGUCCCUGGUAGGCCUCGGAGAGGUGGCCCUGAGUGGCCUGGAGACUGGGAAGGUUAUUUUCUAUGAUAGAGAUAUCCCCCCACCCGUGAUGGCCUUUGGGGCUACCCACAACCUGCUGACCUCCUUCUGUAUCCGCACAAGCCCUGGGCACCAGGAAACAGGCUAUGCCUUUGCCCACUUCAGCCUGCAGGAGUUUUUUGCUGCCCUACACCUGAUGACCAGCCCUACAGUGGACAAGGCCACACUUGCCCGCCAUGUCAUCCUCAAUUCCCACUGGGUGCUGCGGACCAAAGCUAGACUGGGCCUCGCAGACCACCUCCCCACAUUCCUGGCAGGGCUGGCAUCCCACACCUGCCGUCCUUUCCUCAGCCAGGUGGCCCAACAGGAUGAGACCUGGGUGGGCACCAGGCAAGCUGCUGUUGUACAGCUGGUGAGCAAGUUGGCCACCCGCAAACUCAAGGGACCAAAGGUGGUAGAGCUGUGUCACUGUGUGGCUGAGACGCUGGAGCCUGAGCUGGCCAGCCUCACUGCCAAGAACCUCCCUGACCAACUGCCCUUCCACAAUUUCCCCUUGACCUACACAGACCUGACCGCCUUGGCCAGUGUUCUGGAGCACAGGGCCACCCCCAUCCACCUGGAGUUUGAGGGCUGCCCGCUGGAGCCCCACUGCCCUAAGGCUCUGGUAGACUGUAGGCAAGUGGAGACCCUCAGCUUUAAGAGCAGGAAGUGUGGGGACAACUUUGCAGAAGUCCUCUCCAGGAGCUUGCCAACCAUGGGGAGCCUGAAAAAGCUGAGGUUAGCAGGAAGUAAGAUCACUGCCCGAGGCAUCAGCCACCUGGUGCAGGCUUUGCCCCUCUGCCCGCAGCUGGAGGAGGUCAGUUUGCAGGACAACCAGCUCAAGGACCAGGAGGUGCUGAGCAUUGUGCAGAUACUGCCCAGCCUGCCACGGCUUCAGAAGCUUGACCUGAGCCACAGCAACUUCUCCAUAUCUACCCUACUCUUCUUGGUGAAGGUGGCAGUCACCUGGCCUACUGUCAGGGCUCUGCAGGUCAGGGAGGCGGAACUCAUCUUCCUUCUUUCCCCGUCCACAGAGACAGCUGCAGAUCUACAAAGAGCUCCAGAACUACCAGAAAAACACAGCCAGAGGAAAGAGACCCAGAGCAGAACCCUGGUCCUCAGGCUCCAGAAAUGUCAGCUCAGAGUCCACCAUGCAGAGGUCCUGAUAGACCUGCUCCGGGAAGGCCCCUGGCUGGAAGAAGUGGACCUGUCAGGGAACCAGCUGGAAGAUGAAGGCUGCCGACUCCUGGCCGAGGCUGCAUCCCAUCUGCACAUCACCGGGAAGCUGGACCUCAGUGACAACGAGCUCUCCGUGGACGGGGUGCCCUGUGUGCUAAAGGCUGUGAACACGUGCCAGAGCCUGGCAGAGCUGCACAUCAGCCUGCUGCAAAGAACGGUGGUCCUCACAUUUGCCCAAGAGGCAGAGGAGCAGCAGGGGACCCAGGAAAGGGCUGCAUUUCUCGACAGCCUCACCUCCUUGACGGCCUCUGAGCCACCCAGAGAGAUCAGGCUGACACGCUGUGGCUUUGGGGCUAAGCACCUGGAGAAGCUCUGUGAGGCGCUGGAAGGAAGCUGCUGCCUCGCCCGUCUCGGUCACCUCAACUUCUCGGGCAAUGCUCUGAGGGAUGAAGGGGCCAUGCUGCUGGCCCAGCUGCUCCCAGGGCUGGGGCCCCUGCAGUCCUUGAACCUCAGUGAGAAUGGUUUAUCCCUGGAUGCCGUGUUCCAUCUGACCCAGUGCCUGUCCAGUCUGCAGUGGGUUUGGCACCUGGAAGUCAGCUUUGAGAGCCAGCACAUCCUGCUGAGAGGUGACAAGAGAAGCAGGGACAAACUGGCUGGUGGAUCUUUGCCAGAAUUCCCAGCAGGAGCUCAGCUUUCAGGAUUCCGUCAGCACUGCAUCCCCAGGAGCUUCUGCCUCAAGGAGUGUCAGCUGGGGCCGCAGAGCCUCACCCGCCUCUGCACAGCUCUGGGGGAAUGUCCGGGGCCACUAGAAGUCCAAUUGUCCUGCAAGGACCUGAGUGACCAGAGCCUGGAGACCCUGCUGCGCUGCUUGCCCCGGCUGCCCCAGCUAAGCUUGCUGCAGCUGAGCCAGACAAGACUGUCCCUGAAAAGCCCUUUCCUGCUGGCCGAUGUAGUCAGCCAGUGCCCACGGGUUCAGAAGAUGGAUCUCAGGUUCCUGAACAAUGCCACACUGCACUUCAGGUCCAGCAACGAGCAGGAAGGUGUGUGCUGUGGGUUCACAGGCUGCAGCCUCCGCCGGGAACAUGUGGAACCGCUGUGCCGGGCACUAAGAAAGUGUGACAACCUCCGCCAGCUGGACCUAACAGCCAACGUGCUGGGUGACGACGGGCUCAGGUGCCUUCUAGACCACCUGUUGCAGAUGCCCAUCUCUGGGGUGCUUGAUCUGAGUCACAACAGCAUCUCUCAGGAAGGUGUCUUGUACCUGCUGGGGGCACUGCCCUCCUGCCCACGUGUCCGAGAGGCCUCGGUGAACCUGGGCUCCACGCAGAACUUCUGGGUUCACUUCUCCAAGCAGGAGGAGGCUGGGAUGACCCUGAGGCUGAGCGAGUGCAGCUUGGGGCCGGAGCACAUGCCCAGACUGGCCAGCAGCAUCGGCCGGGCCCUCCAGCUGACGGAGCUCACGCUGACCCGAUGUGGCUUGGAUCUGAAGCAGCUGGCCAUCCUUCUGAGCCUGGUGAGGCGGCCAUCAGGCCUCCUCCACCUCAGGGUGGAGGAGCCGUGGGUUGGUGAAGCCGGGGUGCCUGCCCUGCUAGAAGUCUGUGCCCAGGCGUCCGGCAGCAUAACUGUCAUAAGCAUCUCUGAAACCCAGCUCUGCGUUCAGCUGGAAUUUCCUCGUCAGGAAGAAAAUCCAGAGGCCAUGGCCCUCAGGCUGGCUCACUGUGACCUUGGGACCCACCACAGCCUCCUUGUCAGGCAGCUGAUGGAGACAUGCGCCAGGCUGCAGCAGCUCAGCCUGUCCCAGGUAAACCUCUGCGAUGCCAACAAUGCCACUUCCCUGCUGCUGCAGAGCCUCCUGCUGUCCCUCUGUGAGCUGAAGACCUUCCGGCUGACCUCCAGCUGCGUGAGCACACAGGGCCUCACCCACCUGGCAGCUGGACUGGGCCACUUCCACCACCUGGAGGAGCUGGACUUCUCUAACAAUCGAGUUGGUGAGCAGGGCACUGAAGCACUCAUAGGGGUCCUCAAGGGGACGUACAGGCUGAAGAGGCUCCACCUCAGUCACCUUCCGCUGGGCGGCUCCACCCUGGCCAUGCUCACUCAGGGACUAAGCCACAUGAGCCUCCUGCAGCACCUCUGCCUGAGCCACAACCAGAUUGGAGACGCCGGUGCCCAGCACUUAGCUGCUAUCCUGCCGGGGCUGCCCAGCCUCAGGAAAAUAGACCUCUCAGCAAAUGGCAUCAGCCUGGCUGGAGGACUGCCGCUGGCGGAGUCUCUCACUCUUUGCAGGCACCUGGAGGAGGUGAGGAUAGGCCGCAACGCCUUGGGGGAUCCCACAGCACUGACACUGGCUCAACAGCUGCCCCAGCACCUAAGGGUCCUACACCUGCAGUCUAGCCGUCUGGGCCCGGAAGGGGCACUUAGCCUGGGCCAGGCCCUGGAUGGAUCCCCACAUGUGGAGGAUAUCAGCUUGGCAGAGAAUAAGCUGGCCAGAGGGGUCCCACAUUUCUGCAAGGGGCUCCCACUGCUCAGGCGGAUGGACCUGGGUUCCUGUGAAAUUGACAACCAGACUGCCAAAGGCCUCGCUGCCAGCUUCGUGCUCUGCCCAGCCCUGGAGGAAAUCCUGCUGUCCUGGAAUCUCCUAGGGGAUGAGGCAGCCGCCGAGCUGGCCCACGUUCUGCCACGGAUGGGCCGGCUGAAGAGAGUGGACCUGGAGAAGAAUCGGAUCACAACUGCAGGAGCCUGGCUCCUGGCUAAAGGGCUGGCCCAGGGGUCCGGUGUCCACGUCAUCCGUCUCUGGAAUAACCUUGUCCCUGCUGCCGUGGCCAAGCAUCUGCAGAGCCAGGAGCCCAGGCUGGAUUUUGCCUUCUUUGACAACCAGCCCCAGGCCCCUUGGGGUAAUUGAUGGCCUCCUCAGGACCCUUGGGACCCAGCCAAGUGAUGCCAACAUCACCCACCAGGAGAGAGCCCAGGAAAAGAUCCUCAGCUGGUGCUCUGCACCUGCUUCAGAAAGGAGAUGUGUCUAUCCUGCUGUGGUCCUCAGGGAGGACCAUUUUGGGGACUGAGAUCUUGGUAUGGCUGAAGGAGAACCCUGCAUGGUGCAUGCCAUGUGUGGCCCGUGAAGUCAUGUGGCAUAGUGAGGGUGUCAUGAGGUAGUGCAUGACAUCUAAGGGCAUCCAUGGCAGAGUGUAUGACCUCUUGACCUGUGUUAUUACAUGGAAUUGCGGGAUGACACAUGGUCAGUGGCAUAAGUUCUAGCACUAUGAGUGGCAGGACACAUGGUCAUUGAUCUAUAUAUGACACAAGUGUCCAUGUCACAUGAUACAUGGCUUGCCAGAUGACCUCAGGCAAGCCUGAGAGCUAAUUUAUUACUUUUUUUGUAAAAGAAAAUAUGUAUUUAUAGAUUAAUUUCCAGAGCAACUGAUACAGGGAGAGUUUUCUGCCCUGAGCUGGGAGAGGGAGAAUGUCUAAGUUCUGUCUGGCCCAUGUCUGGGGCCAAGCUGGAGACAUAGCCGUGAAGUUUCCUCCUCCCUCAAGCCUCAGUUUCCCCAUCUGAAAACUGAAUAAUUCCCCCUUCAAUACUAGCUUCCAAGGACUUUGGACCCAGGCUCAGGUAGAGCCAGCCUGACCUUGAGAGAGAUCGGGCCCAUUCUGUCCUAUGUAAGGGGCAUAUUCAGGUCCCUAAGGCAAAGGUCGUUAUGCAAAGCCACUGGGCCCAUGCAUUACCUCAGCAGGAAUCCAGGCAAGCCUGUGGGCUCCACAUGUUUUACAAUGCUGUUGUGCUCUUCCAAGAGGGACCACAGAAAGCCCUGCCGCACUCCAAGGAGUCUGAUCAAUAAAUAUGGAUGCUUUUCAGCCUCUA